UUUUAUUUGUUUCUUAAGUAUAUUAAAGUUUUAAAAAGUGGGGUUUUUUUUCUUUGAAAACAUUAAAAACUGGCUAAUUGAGGAAUUGGUGUUUACGGCUGUUUUGGUAGUGGACCCUACUGACACGCUUAUUUAGUUGACGAAGGACCAGCAAAUGAUUUCUAUGUUUCAGGUAUAUAAAACUUCCAAAUGGCAAUUACAUGUUGAUUGUAAGCUUGAUCCUGUUUCUAGUUCAUUUAUGCUCACUUCUUUUGAAUGGUUGCAGUCCUCCUCCUUUCUCUUGAAUCAUGAGAGAUGAAAUUGCAACAGCCGUUUUCUUUGUCACAAGAUUGGUGAAAAAACAUGAUAAACUGAGUAAACAGAAAAUAGAAGACUUUGCAGAAAAGCUGACGACAAUCUUGUUUGAAACCUACAGAAGUCACUGGCACGCCGACUGCCCUUCUAAAGGGCAAGCGUUCAGGUGUAUCAGGAUAAAUAAUAGUCAGGAUAAAGAUCCCAUUCUAGAAAGGGCUUGUGCUGAAAGUAACGUGGAUUUUUCUCACCUGGGACUUCCAAAGGAGAUGACCAUAUGGGUAGAUCCCUUUGAAGUGUGCUGUAGGUACGGUGAGAAAAAUCAUCCAUUUACAAUUGCUUCUUUUAAAGGCAGAUGGGACGAAUGGGAGCUUUCCCAACAGGUCAGCUGUGCUGUGAAUCGAGCUACAUUAGACUACGCCUCUGGCAUUUCCUCUGAUGAAGAAAGUUGUAACAAAGAACCGCAGAUCAUUCCUAAAGUCAGCAAUCCAAAGAGUAUUUAUCAGGUUGAAAACUUUAAACAGUCCUUUCAAUCUUGGUUCCAUGUCUCCCGCAAAAAGAAUAUGGCAGAUGGCCGUAUGGGCCUCCUAGGAAAUGCUUAUGCAUUGCAUAAAAAUCAUAAGCGUCAGAGGCCUGCUGCUAUCUACCGGGUAGACAGGUACCACUGGGUCAACACUAACCGAUAAUGCAGUGGUCGGGCACUCGUGGGAUAGAGCUCAG